AUCCACCCUUUUUUUUCUCCCCACAAUUCUCCAUCCAAGAGAAGCUUUCUUUUUCUUCCUUUCUGUAUAUGGGAUGGAGUCGAACCAACAAAACGACGCCGUUGCGCCGUUCGUUAUGAAGACUUACGAGAUGGUCAAUGAUCCAUCGACCGACGAUUUAAUCGGCUGGAGCAAAGGCAAUAACAGCUUCGUCGUUGCCGAUCCUUUGGAACUCUCUCGCCGAAUUCUUCCUUCUUACUUCAAACACAACAAUUUCUCCAGUUUUGUUCGUCAACUCAACACUUACGGAUUCAAGAAGGUGGAUCCAGAUCAAUGGGAAUUUGCAAGCCAAUGGUUUCUCCGAGGUCAGAAACAUUUACUAAAGAACAUCUGUAGAAGAAGACACAGUCGAAAUUCAUAUUUUCAAACGAAAUACGCAGACGAUGAUGGAGAAUUAGCCAUCGAAAUUUCCAAACUCAAACGAGAACAGAGAGCUUUAGAACUCGAAGUUGAAUCAAUGAAUAAACGAAUCGAAGCCACUGAAAAACGCCCCCAACAAAUGAUGGCUUUUCUCUACAAAAUCAUGGACAAUCCCGAAAUUCUUCCCAGAAUCAUCAUCCAAAACCACCGCGUACGCCGCCAAUUGCCUAGCAAGCGGCGGCGCGUAGUGAUGCCGCCGCCGCCGUCUCCCACUACAGUCAAAGUCGACAAAAUUCCGGACGAUGAUUCUUCACCGGAGACCGGUGUUUUUGUCGAUAAUGCCUCUUUGUCGUCGCCGGAGACGACCUUGUGGUGGGACGGCGCCGCUUCCGCCCCCGUUUCAAGUCCGUUGACGUCCGACUCUGGCGGUGGAUUGAGUGAUUACAUAUCGCUGUCACCACCGGAAAGUGAUGUGUCUAUGUACGGAAUCGGUGGCGUCGGAGAUUGUUACAUGGCGGAGCUGGUGGCCGGAGGAGGGUCACGUCCGCCUCCGCCUUAUCCAUUUUCGCUGUUUAGUGGUGGCUUUUAGGAUAAAUCUCCGGUAUUAAUUCCGAAAUAAUAAUAAUAAUUAUUAUUAUUAUUUUCCUUUCUUUUUAUAAAUACGUAUAAAGUUAGUUAGGUUGUGCCGUAGAAGUAGAACCGUAUUUGCAUCAUUAUAUGUUAAUGAAAAUGUAAAUAAAAAUAAUAAUAAAAAAGAGAGAUGAAUAUCAUGAUGUUACGCCGUCUUACAAGUUUUGCAA